GAGAGCGUUAUGUUAUUGUUAUCAACGGGCAUCUGUUCAACAUGGCGUUGGGCAUGAGCAGGUUCAAGAGGGAGCAAUGCAACCGCACAAAACAUGAUUCUAGCUUCUCCCAUUGGAAGAUUCUGAUUGGCCCUCGUGAUUGGGAAGACCAUUCGAAAGGAAAGGAAGGGUGUUCAAAGUACAGGAUUCAUAACCUCCCACAACAAUCGGGUCCAGGAGUCUAUGAGCUUGGAAUAGCUGCUGCGGCAUCAGUGUCAGAGCGUAAAAUUUACAAGCUUGUCCCUCACCGUCACCGCAUAGUGGUUGUUUACCUCGGACAAACUGAAAAUGUGAGAGAACGACUCCGGCGUUAUGGCGGAAAUGGGGACCACUUGGAGGAUUCUUCUCUCCACUUGUUUCAGCAAGUCUUUUCACAAGGAUUCUCAAUCCUUUAUAGAUGGGCUCCUAUGCAAAACAAGGAAGAUGCCCUGCGAACAGAAACUGAGCUGCUCAGUACAUUUGAUUAUGCAUGGAACACAAGAAGUAAUUGUGUCCGGAGGCCUGAUGAUAUUCUUCAAAAGCUCCAUCAAAUUGCUUCAGGCACUAGAACACUUUCAGAUAUUGCCAGAGCUCUUCUGCCUUUCACUCAGAAGCAAGUGGGCAUCCAAAUUAAAUCAAUCAAGUUAGAUGAAGCAGACAAUGGCAGCAGCUAUAACAAUCUCCUAUCUCGACUAUUCAGCUUUAACAGAUCUCGUCCUAGGUUAGUUCAAGAUAUCACUGGUGCCAUUCAGGAACAAGAGAAUGGUAAAAUUUGUGGAGUGGCGCUGGGUGAUGGUUCAAUUUGUACAAGGCCACCAGCUGAAAAACGAAUGAGGUGUCCUGAACACAAAGGAAUGAGAACAAAUGUGUCCACUGCCAAAGCAAUAAUAGGGGCACCCAUGUCAGAGAGCCAUGAUUUAGAAGACCCUCCUCAAACAGUGGUUGAUGAAAGUCUCACAAACACAGAUUAUAUAUGUGGAAUCCUCUUAAGUGAUGGCUCCACCUGUACAAGACAACCAGUUAAAGGAAGGAAAAGGUGCCAUGAGCACAAAGGGAGGAGAAUUCGUGCAGCAUCUAUUCAAACAAAGGACAAUGGAUACAAAUACCAAAAUAAUGUCAGCAAUGAUGUGGAAGACCCUCCACAAACACUUGUUGAUGAGAGUAUCACAAACACCAAUAUAUGUGGAAUCAUAUUAAAUGAUGGCUCCACUUGUACAAGACAUCCAGUUAAAGGAAGAAAAAGGUGCCAUGAGCACAAAGGGAGGAGAAUUCGUGCAUCUUUUCAUAUAGCAAAUAAAAAAUAACUGGCACUACACAAAUUCUGCAUAUCGAGUGCCCUGAUGACCUGCUAGAUGAUGGGUUAUGGUGCGAGUAGCAGCAUAAAGGGAUGAGGGUGGCAAGGCAAGCUCUUGCAUUACAAUUAGAGUAGCAUAACUUAACAGCUGAACUCUAUGCAAAAGGCAACCAAACAGUUGUAGGUAAUAAAAAAAAUGCUGGAGGAUGAAAUGAAAUAUGUUUGUUUGUAUUGAGGGAAUUUCUCUUCCUAUAUUGUUGUUGUACCCAUUAAAUCUGGUAGUUGUUUUAUCUGUACUGUACAAGUAAUGAACAAUGAUUGUUUAUCAUCA